CAGAACUUCAACACCACGCGAAUAGCUGCCUGAGGACUAUCGGCGCCAUGGUGUUUAUCAACGGUUUCAGUUUCACAGAGGCGACGCUCGUCAAACGCUCGCUCGAGAGCUUCUUUGGCAUUGGUCCCAAAGUUUCGCAGAAGAUCAUGGCCAGAUAUCACAUCCACCCUUGGGCUAAGGUUGGCGCGUUAAAAAACGCAACCGUCAUGGACCUCACAGCCGAACUAUCGACGAUGAAAAUCGAAAAUGACGCACGGCGCGAAGUACAGGACAACAUACGGAGGUUAAAGGACAUGGGUGCAUACAGGGGAAGGCGGCACGCUAUGGGUCUGCCUGUACGAGGACAGAGGACAAGAUCACAAAUCCUUACAGCGAGAAAGCUAAACAAGGUCGAGCGCGGAGGCUCUGGGCGAGUGCAGAUGUAAGGAGGUGGAACGUAUACCAGUGUAUGAUACUACUGUACGGGGGGGAUUCGAUGGCAUCAGCGAUACAAAUCAAAAGAGCCACAUUACGAACACCUCGAUAUCCAU